UCGUUUCGCAACCAUUCCAAUUUCGAAUCUCAGCGCGGUCCCACCGGCUCGCGGGAGACGCAUCCGUUUGCGCGCGAAAAGUGACAGAGCGUUUUGUUUUUAAUUUUUAUACUUUUUAAAUCGACAAAAUGGCUGUUACUAGUGCCAGGAGUAUUGUGAACUUGAAGAAGACCCACUUCGAACGUGAAAAUGCUAAGAUUGAUAAAUAUACGCUCGCGGACGAGCUCCCGGCGCAGCUAUCGGAGCUGUCCAUGCGCCCGCGCAUCGCGCCGGAGAUGCCGCCCAAACUCGCCUACACGCUGCGCAAACUCACCACAGAUGACACGGAGCAGACACUCGCCUUCCUGAGACGGUUCUUCUUCCGUGACGAGCCCAUGAACCAGGCCGUCAAGCUGCUGGAGACACCGGAGUCCCGUUGCCCAGACCUGGAAGAUUAUUCAGCUUCGUCGCUGUCUCAUGGAGUGUCCAUUGGAGCCUUUGACGACCUUGGCGAGAUGGUUGGUGUCAUAUUGAACGGCAUCGUUAGGCGAGAGGAAGCAGACUACACCGACAAGUCCGAAGACUGCCCGAACCCAAAGUUCCGGCGGAUCCUCAAAGUGCUCGGGCACCUGGACCGGGAGGCGAGGAUCUGGGAGAAGGUGCCCAAGGACUGCCACAAGGUGGUGGAGCUCAGGGUGGCGUCCACGCACUCGGCUUGGCGGGGGCAGGGCCUCAUGAGGAUACUUUGCGAGGAAACAGAGCGAGUGGCCCGGGCGAUCGGCGCAGGCGCUCUCCGCAUGGACACCACCUCCGUCUACUCCGCUGCCGCUGCCGAGCGUCUUCACUUCCGCAAGGUCUACUCGGUCGCGUAUGCAGACCUGCCCUACGCGCCUCAACCAGACGCCCCGCACUUGGAGGCUCGAGUUUACAUCAAGAGCCUGUGAAAAGUGAGUCAUUUCCUAUUUCCGGACACUCCCUAA